GAUGAAAGAAGGCUGUCUUUUGAGGAAAACCUGGCAUAAUGAAGAAGCAAACGUACAUCAGACAAUUCGGGACAGCACUGGUAUGGUUUGUGGGGGACACCAUGACCAUAUAACUGAUUUGCAACCAUCUGAAAUACCGCACCUGAAACAAGCUCAAACUCCAAAUUCAUCACAGGGAUCAGAAGAUGAUGAGCUUCUUUACCCAGGAGCAUCUAUCUCCAGAGGGCAAAGUCUGCUGCUUUUGAUGUCCUUUAUUUUGCGACACAACCUCACAGGGACAGCUCUUGAAGACCUCCUCAAAUUGUUUAAUGUACAUUUUCCAGGAUCGGUGCCAGCUACUUCUUACCUUUUUAAUAAAACUUAUGGGCAGUACGGACAAUAUGAAUCACACUUUUACUGUUCAGGAUGCACCAACUAUAUAGGUAAGGUUAAUGGUCAGACACAGUGUUCUGUAUGUCACAUGACAUUUGAAGCAGACAUAAAUUUGAAAAAAGCGUCUUAUUUUCUGGUUUUAAAAUUAUCUAGUCAAAUUAAGGACAUUCUGGAAAAUUCCAAGAAUAAUUUAGACAGAAAAAUGUCUAAUAAUGGUAUUAUAAAUGACAUACAUUCUGGAAUAGAGUAUGAAAAGCUAAUCAGGAGUGGUAAAAUUAGCAAAGAGGAUGUGAGUUUACUGUGGAACUGUGAUGGUAUCCCAGUUUUCAAGAGCUCUAAGUGUCAGUUAUGGCCUGUUCAGUGCCAGAUCAUUGAACUGGAUCCAAAAGAACGAAAAAAUAAUAUCUGCAUACCAUGUAUUUGGUUUGGAGAGAAGAAACCCAACAUGGCAACUCUGUUAACUCCAUUUGUUGAUGAGCUUCAAGAACUGGAGCAAAAUGGAAUACAAUGGACGGACAAACAGAACCAGCAACAUUCCUCUAAGGUGCAUGCCCUGAUCUGUAGUUCAGAUUCAGUGGCUCGCCCCCAAAUUCGAAACACAAAACAGUUUAAUGGCACAUAUGGCUGUGACUUUUGUUAUCAUAAGGGUGGGGGUUCAUACUCUUACAUGUAUCCUGAACCUGCUCUCAGAUGUGAAACUGAGCAUUUUCAGCAUGCUAUGGCUGCAACUCCUAAGCAGCCGGUAAUGGGAGUGAAAGGUCCCUCUCCUUUGAUGAAGCUAUCAAACUUUCAGAUGGUUAAUGGAUUUGUGCCUGAAUAUCAGCACAGUGUUUGCCUAGGAGUGACACGGCAGCUAAUGGCAUUAUGGUUGGAUUCCACUAACCAUGACAAACCAUGGUACAUUGACACCAAAACUGAGAUCAUUGAUAGCCAGUUACUAGCAAUCAAGCCUCCAGUAGAGUUAAUUAGAGUUCCACGUUCUGCCAGUACGGCACAGGCUUGCUAUUGAAGAUCUUUUU